AUGUGAGAUGAUCUUCUGUGGAAACCACACGAAACCAAUAAUGUAGUGAUGUCACGGAAGGCCCCCUUUCACACGGGUGUUCAAAGACCUGAAAUCAGAGAGGAAGUGGUGCAGAAGGCAGGCAGCAGGCAUUGUCAAGUGCUACAACCAUGGCGACAACUACCCUCCAGCUUACCAUCCUGAUGUUAUUCACAAACUCUUGUCGGGGCGCGUGGGAGAGCGUGACCUUGAUGAAGGGCAGCACGUUGACCCUGAGCUGUCCCCUGGACAACGCCAUCAGUGCGGAGUGGCAGAACCCCCAUGGCAUCAUGUUCUUCAAUCACGAAAAAGGUUUAGGUAUAAAGGACAGGCGCUUCACAAUAGAAAAGCUGUCCAGCAAAUGGUUCGAUAUCAGCGUGUCUGACGUCACCUUUAAAGAUGGCGGCGACUACAGAUGCACUCAGUACGGCAGUGUGGUCACGAAGAAGGUUUUUAAAGUGACAGUGCUCGGUCCAGUGCAGCUUUUUAAGAUCAAAGGGGGAAUCGUUAAAUGCAGCGCAGGGGCAAGCAAUCUUCCUCCGAAAAUCUUCUGGCAAAUAGGUGAUGGGAUCCGAUUUCAUGCAAAGCCACACCACACAUAUGAAAACCAUUCAGGGAAACACAACUCUGAGGACUUGUUGAGGUUCGAGGCUCUCAAGACAGACAAACUGUGUUGCAUUGUGCCGCAACCACAUCUAAACACUGAACCUCUGAUGAACUGUGUCAAAGUCAGGGCAACUUCCAAAAGAAACCCUCCAAAAACCACGACCUGGUCACCUACAGAACCUCAAGGAUCAACAGACUUGCAGAGUAUGACAACAACUUGGCCUGAAAAGGACCAGAGCACCGAAGUCACAAUGAAAGCCAUCAACCUGAUCAAGGCUUCACCUGAGGCCACAACUCUUGAGGCCACUGCUAGCAAAACUGUGUCUAUGAGGGAUUUUCCUUCUGCUGUAGACCAAUCCCAAGGGGUGACAGACUCCUGGAGAGGAACAAUUCCAGAGACAGUGGUGUCAACUGGAUGGACUCCCAGCACUAGUGUUGCACAUGUACCACUCACUGAGUCACCAGAUAAGAACAUAACUGUAUACACAUCCCAUAAUAGUACGGAGGGCAACAUAACCAAAAGUAACUUGGAAGAGAUGGAAAAACGAAGUGGAGAAAAAGCGAAUGGCACAUUGCUCAUAUUCCUUGUCACAUGCCUGAUAGUCGCUCUUUCCGUGGUUGUUCUCUUUCUGGCCAUCAAGCUCAGGAGAGCUCACAUUCACUGGAAGCGAGAAAAUGAAGACUCGGAUCCAUCAAUUGAGAGCAACAAAUCCAAAUCAAGUGACGAGGAGAGAUGGUGGAUGGGUCAAAAGUGCAGAGGGAUUUUCAAUAUUGCCUUCACAAAGUAUGUAACUGAGGAGCCCACAGGAGUUUCCAUUGUAACAACCCCAGAUGCAAUGCCAACCAAAGUGAACCUCCCACCAGUGGAGGCUUCUCCAAGUCAUUUUAGCCCACAUUAUGAUGCUCCGGCCCCUGUUAGGGAGACAGAGCUAUAGUUGAUCACUUCAUUGCUUCCUUUUUAAAUACUUUUUUUAAUGUUAAUGUUUUUAUGAUUGUUUGAUGAUGUUUUUUUAUUCAAAUUUGCAUUAAAGUAUAAUUCCGGUGUAAAAAUGAA